CCCGCCCCAGCUCCUCCGUUCGUCCCUCUCUCGUCUGGAGCCAGGCUCCGACAGACGGGCGGACGGACGCGCGGACUAAGGGACCAGUGGGCGGCCAGGCGCGGGGCCGCGAGAGGAACAGGUGUGGGCCAGGCACUAAGCCCUGGACUCAGGCCACUCUGAGGUCUGCCCUCUCACCGCCAGCCACCGUCGAGGACGCCAUGAGCCAAUCAGGGUCCGUGAGCUGUUGCCCGGGUGCUGCCAAUGGCAGCCUGGGCCGGUCUGACGGUGUGGCCAAGAUGAGUGCCAAGGACCUGUUUGAGCAGAGGAAGAAGUACUCCAACUCCAAUGUCAUCAUGCACGAGACCUCCCAGUACCACGUCCAGCACUUGGCCACAUUCAUCAUGGACAAGAGCGAGGCCAUCGUGUCCGUGGAAGAUGCCAUCCGGAAGCUGGUGCAGCUGAGCUCCAAGGAGAAGAUCUGGACACAGGAGAUGCUACUGCAGGUCAACGACCAGUCGCUGCGGCUGCUGGACGUGGAAUCCCAGGAGGAGCUGGAGAACUUCCCACUGCCGACCGUGCGGCACAGCCAGACGGUGCUGAACCAGCUACGCUACCCGUCGGUGCUGCUGCUCGUGUGCCAGGACUCAGACCAGAGCAAGCCCGAUGUCCACUUCUUCCACUGCGACGAGGUGGAGGCAGAGCUGGUGCAUGAGGACAUCGAGAGCGCGCUGGCCGACUGCCGCCUGGGGAAGAAGAUGCGGCCACAGACCCUCAAGGGCCACCAGGAGAAGAUCAGGCAGCGGCAGUCCGUCCUGCCCCCGUCCCAGGGCCCGGCCCCCAUCCCCUUCCAGCGCUACGGCAGGGACUCGCCUUCCAAGAACCGAGUGGGCCUGCCCAUGCCGCUCGGAGACCCAGGCUUUCGCCGUUGGGAGUCGCAGGACGAGGAACCGAGGGCCGUGCUGGCUCAGAAGAUUGAGAAGGAGACGCAAAUCCUCAACUGCGCCCUGGAUGACAUCGAGUGGUUCGUGGCUCGGCUGCAGAAGGCUGCUGAGGCUUUCAAGCAGCUGAACCAGCGCAAGAAGGGAAAGAAGAAGGGGAAGAAGGGGCCGGCAGAGGGCGUCCUCACGCUGCGAGCACGGCCCCCCUCCGAGGCCGAGUUUGUCGACUGUUUCCAGAAGACCAAGCUGGCCAUCAACCUGCUAGCCAAGCUGCAGAAGCACAUCCAGAACCCUAGCGCAGCCGAGCUGGUGCACUUCCUCUUCGGACCUCUGGAUCUGAUCGUCAGCACCUGUGGCGGCCCAGACAUUGCGCGCUCCGUCUACAGCCCCCUGCUCUCCAGAGACACUGUGGGCUUCCUGCGCGGCCACCUGGUCCCCAAGGAGAUGGCGCUGUGGGAGUCCCUGGGGGAGACCUGGACACGACCCCGCUCCGAGUGGCCUCGGGAGCCGCAGACGCCCCCCUACGUGCCCAAGUUCCAGAGCGGCUGGGAACCACCCCUGGACGUGCUACAGGAGGCCCCCUGGGAGGUGGAGGGGCUGGCGUCAGCCCCCGUUGAUGAGCCAACUCCAGUGAGCCGCAAGUCCUUCAGAAACUCCCCAAAGCAUGGCCUCGCAUCUGAGCCCACACCCCAGGGAGACGUCCUCCCCCAAGUCAGCUCCCCACAUGCUCACAGGGGCUACGAACCCGCACCGGCCAUGGCCAGGUACGUCAAGGUCCUCUACGACUUCACAGCCCGCAAUGCGAACGAGCUGUCGGUGCUCAAGGACGAGGUCCUGGAGGUGCUGGAAGACGACCACCAGUGGUGGAAGCUUCGAAAUCGCAGCGGCCAGGCAGGCUAUGUGCCCGGCAACAUCCUGGCCGAGGCCCGGCCAGAGGACGCCCUCCUGGAGCAGGGGGUGAAAUACUGGGGUCCUGCCAGCCCAACCCACAAGCUGCCCCCAGGCUUUGCCGGGAACAAAGGCGAGCUGAUGCAGCACAUGGACGAGGUCAACGACGAGCUCAUCAAAAAGAUCAGCCACAUCAAGGCACAGCCGACGCGGCACUUCCGCGUGGAGCGCAGCCAGCCGGUGCACCUGCCGCUCACCUACGAGUCCGGCCCCGACGAGGUCCGCGCCUGGCUGGAAGCCAAGGCCUUCAGCGCCCGGAUCGUGGAGAAUCUGGGCAUCCUGACUGGGCCCCAGCUCUUCUCGCUCAACAAGGAUGAGCUGCGGAAGGUGUGCGGGGAGGAGGGCGCCCGCGUGUACAGCCAGCUCACCGUGCAGAAGGCCGUCCUGGAGAAGCAGCAAGGUGGGUCGGAGCUGGAGGAGCUCAUGAGCAAGUUCCAUUCCAAGAACCAGAGGCGUGCGGAGGAAGACAGCUAGGC